AUGUGCAUUGCCGACUCGAAGUUUCACUUCUUCCUGAGAAGCAUGAAUGUCGAAUUUAGUCAAAAGUGUGCUCGGAGUGCAGUAAAAUCCGCGGGGUCACAACAGAGACGAAGAGGUUCUGACACGGAAAGACGAGUGGGGAGUAUGCGAGUGAGGCACAAUGCCGCCCCCGGUGGCAGCGCAGUUCCGACGGCGUCUGGAACGACUUCAGCCCUUGCCGCCGCCUCAGCAGACGCCACGAAGAAUAGUUGCUCGAGUCCGCAGUUAUCCGUCGGAGGUCCGGCUCCUCCGCCGCCACUGCCGCUCGUGCCGAUGCUCGACUCCGGACGCCGCGGGUCCGCUGCCAAGGAGGUCGUCGCCAGUUGGCGGCUGAAGAAAUAAUGUUUUUGUCCGCCGAGAAAUCGUUUUUUUUUCUACCUGAAUUGAAACGGACAUUGGCGGGUCGUCCAAUUUAUCCUUAAUUUUUGGCCGCUCUCUUGCAGGCAUCACACUGCCAAAUGACCGUGGCUUUCCUUUUUGAGUCAACUCAUUUCCUUCAGUUCGAGCUCGUGAUACGCAUUCAGCGCUGGGCCAUCUGCGAGAGCUUCUUGUCCGGAGUCCACUUUUUUGGACUGGUCUCCGGUUUUUUGGGAAUACGAGGGUUUUUUUUCUCGGAAGUCCUGCGAAUCAACUACAAGUUUUUUUUAUGGACUGGUGCAGUGCAGAAUCUUAGAAAUUUUCAUGUUGAAAAAGAAGCGAACCCAUGACGAAGAUAUGAGAAUGACGUUCGAUCAGAGUCGAUUCAGGUUUUGCCUUGUUGUGAGCGUGAUAAAGAUUCUGGAAAAGUAGCAUUCUUCGAAUUAUCCUGUACUUGUUCAAGUUUUUAUACGAGUGCUACCGAAGUAACAAUAAUCUUUCGAACAGUCUGGUACAAAGCCUCUUCCAUUUUAUAAUUUUUACAUAAUUUCUGAGAAAAUCUCGGACAUUCAAACUUGCUAUGCUUUAAAGCAGACGUUGAAAGAAAUCUUCGCCUUGCAUUAUUUUUCUCAUGUUCUGUGUAGCUGAGGGACCACCCAGAAAAUCUUAGAAAGCGUACGCAUGCGCCUGUUCCCGGUGGGAAAUCCUUGCUGAUAUUUUCGGACCGGGUUGAAGGUUGACAGUUUCUUAUGUUCAUCGGGGUCAAGUUUUUCUUUUAAUCGAAGUUCUUUCAAGUCAUAAAUUAAUAGCCAGGUUUUGUCCGCCUCCGGAGAGGCUUUGCGAAUGAUUUCCAGGGCUUUCGAUCGAAAAAUCCACUCGUGAGUUUUUUGGAUGUUGCGAAUGCUUGCACUGUAUUCGUACCGAAGAUUAUCCCUGCACCAAGUGGAUUAGUUAUCCUCGGGUUUGGUUUCAAAGCAGAUUAAUCGAACUAGAAAUUUUUUUUUAUGGGGCUUUUUAUCUAAGAGCAUCGCUGAGUCACGGAGAUUUCAGAUCGAAAGCAGUAGGCUUUUUUUCUCUGCUGGGAAGUCGUUGAUCGCCAAUUGCUUCUCAAAAUUAGCAAUCAAUCCGUGAUCUUCUGCGACGUGUUGCGUGUGAGACGAUUGUUCUUUUUCGCAUUCGUAACUCAUGAAGAUAUUCAUCACGCAAAUCCAUCUAACUCGCGGGGGCUCGGGGGUGCUUCGGAGACCCGGCGUUGAACCCUGCGUGGUGUUCGGAGCUCUAUUUUUUUUGUGAAGCAAGUGGGUUGAUUCUCAUGCAAAGCGCGCGGGUGAAAAAAUCAUCUUUGAGUGGUACAAGUGUGUGAGUUUCGUUCCUCUACAGCUUGCCGUGAUCUCAGGGGAAGCGAAAUCUGGCGACGCUCCCUGCUUCGGAGGUGUGUUGAGACUCCCCUUGAAGAUAAGUUUUUUUUUCGGCAUCCCGUUGCGCCCUCGGGGCUUGAUGGCAAUAUUUUUUCUGAAUCCACCUCCUCAUGUUUGAGUAUAUUUUUAACGCACUCUGGUACCCUUUCCGGUGAGGGUGGAGGUUUUAUUCUUCGGAGAGGAUUCGAGAAUCGUUGUGAUAUUUGAACUUGGGCUUCAGAUCUACAAUGCUCGAUCUGCGUGUCCCAAGCUUGCUCUCUGGGGAAAGCUUUUAGCUUCCCUCUCCUCUGUUAGUUCGAACGAGAGAAACAAAAAAAGAGAGCUGAAGAACGUUCAAUCGCAGACUUUCUGUUCGUACGUUUUAGCCACUGUUAAAAAAGUAUGUUUGCGCAUUUAAAACUGGUACCCAAGAGCUGUCACUGGUUUGUGUCGGUCCGAUCGAUUAGAACCCCGAAACCGUUCGUCUCAAAAGUGCGCGUUCCCAACCUUCGUUUUUCUUUUCCUUCAAGUUGUGGCAGUGAAACUAAAACGCCAGUGAGAGCUCCCGCGUUGCCAGCCAGUACGUGCGCAAGGUGGCUUGAAAACUGCGGACCUCAGUUGCUGAAGAGCCUUUUGUUCUUAAAAGAAAAAGUGUGCCUGAAUAAGUUUGGUGUCACAUGGAGCCAAUGGCAGGGGAUUGUUUCGCUGGAGAUCGGUGGGACCAACGGUGAUAUUUACAGUUGCAGUCCCAGGAUCGAGUGAACGUUAAAAAAACAACACCUCAAAAAUUGCGUUCCCUUAGCAUUUGAAAAAAAAAAGAGAAAGAGAAAAAAGUCGGAAAACUUGAUCGCACCUCAUGUACUCUUGUGUAUCGACUGUGUCGGUUACUGAAAGAAAAGAAAACAAAAAUCGCGUUUGAAGUUGGUGAACUUCGGAUUCUCGAGUCAUCUAUAACUGAUCAUCAGUUCGAGCUGUGUGCUUGGUACCAUAACUAUCUCGUGUCGUCUGUCUUGACGUUUUCGUUCGCUGGAAUGGAACCUUUCUCUUCGGAUUUGAUUCUUGAUUCCCAAGUGUGGGGGUCAUUGUACGAGGAUAAAUAUAACUAUUGUUUUUCAUUCGAUAAUACGAAGGAAGUAUUGGACGUGUAUCAGGUUUUAUGCGCUGUAAUCGCUUGUCCAAUCUGCAAAAGGGGGAAACGAAGUAGGAGGUGAGGUGAAGCAUCUGUGAAUGUACUUUUUGAUGGAACAAAUGCAGAAUCCAUUUGUGGAGAGGA